AUGGAUACCGACAAGUUAUCAUUACAGUGGAAAAAGAGUGCUUGGUUAAAUUCAACACAACUUUAUGGAGAGUUAACAGAUAUUAUUAUUAAAGAUACAAUAUUUACAAGAUCAUUUGCAAAUAUUAUUGAUAAUUCAGAAGUUGAUUCAUUUUCAAAAAAUAUAGUUAAUAUUUUUACAGCAGCAAAUAAAACAUUACCAUUAAUCAAAGAUUUAAUUUAUAACGAAUUCAAUACCAAGGUUUUAGCAGAAGGUGAAGGAUCUAUUCUUCGUGGUAAUAGUAUUGUAAAUAAAAUUGAAGGUGCCUAUGUGCGUUUAAUUGGUGCAAAUUAUUUAAGAUUUGUAUUAAGUGAUUUAGUUACCAAAGUUGUAUUAGAUACCGAUUUAAAAUUAGAAAUUGACCCAAGAAAACUUAAUGAUUAUUUUGAAGAUGGAGCAAUAGAAUAUGAAAGAAAACAUCAGGAAUUAGAACUAAAAGAAAAUCAAACAAGUUUACAUCAAGUCGCUCAAAUGUUUUUAGAUAGAAUUACAGAUCCAGUCGUUGUAGAGGAGAUGCCAAGAGAAAUUAGAGCAAUCGCAGAUUACACUGCCGAAAGUGCUUUAAGAUAUGCUCCAGAAUCAUUAGCUCCAUUAGUUGGUGGUUUCAUUAUGUUACGUUUCUUUUCUCCAGCUAUUGUCACACCAGAAUAUUCAAAAUUAUUAUCAUCAGAAGUUGUACCAUCAAAAAGAGCAAAGAGAAAUCUUGUACUUUUAGCUAAAGUUUUACAAAAUGCAUCCAAUGGUGUUUUAUUUGGUGGAAAAGAAGAUUUUAUGACAUGUAUGAAUAGUUUCAUUACUGAUAAUAAAGAAAAGAUGUCAAGUUAUUUUACAUUAAUUUGUAAAGAUCCAAUAAAUACACCAACUAAUAAAUGGAUAGAUUUAGAAGGUAAACCAACAACAAAUGUUUCUACAAGUACACCAACAACAGUACCACCAACAGCAGCAGCAGCUAAUCCAAAUUCAAAUCCAAAUGGUUGGAGUAAACCAGUAUUAGGUGGAUCUAAAUGGUUAGCAACAACUCCAUCAGGCACAGUUUCGACACCACCAAUUGCAAACAAUGGAUCAACAGCACUUCAAUCAUCCUCAUCAUCAAAUAAAGGCGGUUCAAUGAAAAGCAGCGGAAGUAGUGGCAAUUUGGCAGGUAGUGUCAGUAGCAGCGGUGGCGGUAGUUGGGAUUCCUAUAUCAAAAACAUUCAGAUCAGUGAUUUAUUCGACCUUCAUAGAAUAUUCGAUUUAUAUAAAGAAAAGAUAGUGAGCAAACUUUCAACACCGGGUAAUGGUUGUAUAAAAACAGCAAAUAGAGUUACAGAUAUUUUAAAGGAGUUGGGUCCAUCACCAAAAACCAAAAACGAAAGAAAAAAGAAAGAAACCGAUGCUUCAGAAGAACCAAAUACAGAAAACAAUGGCUCAAUCGGUACAGCUUUAGAAGAUUGCACCCAUAUGUUAGAGAGGGCUCGUUUCCUUUUCCAGGGCCCAAAUGACAAGAAUGAUAGAUCUGUAUUCUAUUUAAUUGUAAACCGUGUUAAACCCGAAGUUUUCGAUAACGUUAAUCCACUUAUUGCUCAUAUAUUCAAAGUUAUGGAUCCUCAUACCAAUAGUCCAUACACAUUAGUUGUCGAUAUGUCAUGGGCUCAUAUUUCCAAUGAAUUAAAAAAGGCAAUUUUUACUCAUUUACCAAAGUUAGCUGAAAUUUUUUCAAGAAAGUAUAAAAAAAAUAUAGAUAAAAUUUUUAUUGUACAUCCAUCAGCUUAUACUAGGGCUGUUGUUUAUUUUAUGAGUGCCUUUACAAGUAGAAAGUUAAAGAGAAAGAUUCAUGAUAUUUAUAAUUGGAAAGAACUAACUCAAUAUAUCGAAGCAGAAAAUAUUGCAUUACCAGAAACCAGUAAAGAUUUUAUUACAAAGAGUUACAGAGUCGUUAAAAUCAAUUCAAAAGGUAAAAAACAAGAAAGACUAAUCAAGUUUACAAGCAAUUCUCUUUUAAAUAUUGAUCCAAAAACACAUAGAAUUCAAAAUGAAAAAAGAAUUGACGAAAUUGACGAAAUUAGCUCCAGAAUCGGCUCUCUUCAAAUCCAUAUGAGACUAUCUGACUCUUCCUCAUGUACAUUUGGUAAAAAUCAAUCAUUAACAAAUAGAAUCGGUUUCCUCUCAUUAGGUGGCGGUGGUAGCAGCAACAACAGUGUCAAUCAUUCAAAUAAAGAUAAAGACAAAUUGGGUGAUAGCACCAGUCGUAAAUAUGUUUGCAACGAUGAGUUGGAAAGAGAUCAUAUUUUACAAGAUAUCUUUGAAACUGGUUUCAAAAUGGGUCUUUCAAGUAGAUCUGCAAAAUCUUUACCAACCGAAUAUAAAGUUAUCAAAGUAAACAAUGUAGGCAAACAUCAAGAACGUAUUUUUAAACUGACAAUUGACUCACUCUUAAAUUUAGACCAACAAAGAAUUAAAUCUGAAAAUAGUUUUGCUGGUAUCGAAGAAGUCACUCUUGACAAAGAUGAGGACGAUGUCGUUUGGAUCAAAUUUAAAUCCGAAAGUAAUAAAAGGAAAAUUAUCUGUAAUAAAGGUGAAGGUAAACAAUUACACUAUGUAUUAACCGAUGCUAUCAAUAAAUAUCAAACUACUAUUGAUAUUCAAGAAGGUGCUUUGAAACUUGAUGCCGAAGAAGGUUCAUAUUAA